ACUAGCAGCGGGUCCAGUGUCACCCACCUUAGGUCAUCCGCAUUUCACUCCUUUGGCGUGGCGGCUGCCGCAUAAGCUGUGAGGAGGGCGAGAUGUUGCCGGCGGCGGCGGCGGCGGCGCUGCCGCUGGACGACGACAACCUGCUCCCCGAGAUCCUCCUCCGCCUCCCGCCGCUCCCGUCCUCCCUCCCCCGCGCCUCCGCCGUCUGCACGCGCUGGCGCAGUCUCAUCUCCGACCCAGCCUUCUCCCGCCGCUUCCGCAUCCACCACCGCCGCAACGCUCCACUCCUCGGCUUCAUCCAGCCAUUUGACGUCGGCCCAUCCUUCGAGCCUACUCUGGAGGCCCCAGAUCGUGUUCCGCCCGGGCGCCUCUCCUUGCAGUCCGACCUCCACCACUUCCGGGUCCUCGGGUGCCGCCAUGGCCUUGUGUUAAUCCUCGACACGACGAGGUUCCAGUUGCUGGUAUGGGACCCCGUCACCGGCCACCAGCACCGCGUAUCCAUUCCCACGGGAUUCGCUUGGUUCGGGACAGUGAUCUGCGGGGCGGUGCUCCGCGCUACUCCCGGGGACGUCCACUUCCAGAUCGUCUUGGUAAGAGACGACCACGAGAUGGAAGAAUCCCGAGCGCUGGCCUGCGUUUACUCGUCGAUGACCGAGGCGUGGGGCAAUCUCAUCCUAACACCGAUUCCAUUCAGGACCAUGGUUUCUAUUGAUGUGUUGGGUGUGCUGGUUGGGCAUUCCCUUUACUGGAUGCUUUAUGGUACUUCGUCAAAUAUCCUCCAGUUUGAUUUGGAGAGGGAGAGCCUGGCCCUGAUACCGGUGCCAGUGAAUAAGUCUGAUUUUGAAGGCUUCAUACUCAUGCGGGCAGAGGAUGGUGAGCUGAGUUUACUCUCCUUGUCAGGCUUCACCGCCCAAUUAUGGAAGAGGAACAUCAGCUGUAACGGUGUUCCAUCGCGGGGGAUAGUAAGAACUGUUGAAUUGGACAAGCUACUUUCCCUGGAUUCAGAGGAGUACGUAACCACGCAUGGCUUUGCUGAGGAUAAUAAUUUGGUGGUCCUGCGGGUCGGUAUCGGCACCAUCUUCACUGUCCAGAUUGAGUCACUACAGUUCAGGAAAGUUACCGACAACAGCAAAUGGUACUAUUAUCCAUUUGAAAGUUUCUAUGCUGCAGAACAGAUUAUGAAACUUCAUCUUUUCCAUGAAUGGACAGUACAAAUCGGUUUGACUAAUGACAUCAAUUGCUCUACUGGUAUCUAGAAUUGUGUUCCGGUUGCUGAGAAGCAGGAAUGGACUUCUUUGCUGAAGGUUCUUUCAAUUUGACAAUUUCUCAUGGAGAUCGGCCAUCUUUGUAGCUUGCACAAGUGGACCUGUAUGAGUUAAUCUUUUAAUUGGUCAACUUCCCCUUCCCUCUGUUACCUAAUUUCUGGCCACAAUUAACCAACAGGCACGAUGAAGAUACAUUGACCUGCUUUGAUUAAGUAGUACUUGCUGUGUGGUUCAUUUGCUAUAUGCUUUCGAAGCAAGCUUGCCUGU